CACACUGUCCAGUGACAUUAAUCCCUGUGAAUUCUACGAUCUUGUCACACUUAGGUUAUCCACGAUGACUUCGGAUCCCAAAGGUUACUACACCGAAACCUUCCCUGCUCCGGGCCUUCGUCAGAUCUUCAGGCACAUCACUGGCCACAAUGAGCAGGGGCAGUCCGUCUUCUUGCACUCGGACCAUGGCGACCACUACCGGCUGAUGGUGGAGAAACAAGCCGUGGCCAACAUCCUGUACUCGACGAGGGAGACGCCAGUCGAUCUCAAUGACAACGUAGAUAUCCAGAAGGCUAAAGCCGAAGAGCCUCCGUUCCAUUACCAGAGCGGAUCGAUAGUGCGGAUGAUCGACUUUGGCCCCGGGGUGGAGUCACCCCUCCAUCGGGCCAUGACCAUUGAUUAUGGCAUCGUGGUGGAGGGGGUGUUUGAGCUGCUGCUGGACUCAGACGAGAAGCGCAUCAUGCGGCAGGGCGACAUCUGCGUGCAGCGGGCGACGGCGCACAAGUGGAAGAACAUCACGGGCAAUGGUACACUGCCCGGUAGGAUGAUGUGGGUCCUACUGGACUGUAAGCCGGUGAUCGGCGCUGACGGCAAGAAGGUAGAGGGUGACCUCGGAGACCUGAAGAAGGAGUAUGUUGGGCGUGGUACAUACUAGCAGGCCUGCAUAUUAGAGCGUGAUACACGACGUGGCUAUGAUAUGAUAUGAUACUCAGCAAUGCAGCAACAAUAGUCUGAUUUGAUUGAUUCAUUUGCGACUAAAUCCUUCACAUGAUAAACGGCCAAUCAGCAGAGAGAGUUUAUAUGGAGGCUAGGAUUCGGGAAUAUGCAUGUAGCCGAGCCUCCAUGGCUAAGAAUAUGCACACCCCAAGGUGCCCCAUAGAUGAUCG